ACACGCACACACACACACACCCUCACUAUAGCAUUCUGCUUCAACUGUACAAUUUCACUCCAUUCGUGGAACGUCUCCCUGAAGAGAAGCGGAGGCUAUCACAGUUACUGGAGAAGAGUAUUCAAGUUGCUGUGCCUAUCUGGUUCCUUGUGCUCUGUGCCAACCUAAUGCCUGACCAGAAUACACCGGACAUGCAGCUGAUCGCUUUCAAGGGUCUCAUUGAGCACAUUCUCAACCACUGCAGGAGAGUGCUACAGCACAUCAACCCCAUCUUUCAGAGAGCUGGCGUAGACUACUUCACUCACUUCUAUCUCAUUAUCAACAAACUGAUUGUGGUGGAGGCCAUGUCCAAGUUGGAGAUUAGAGAGAGCCCCGAUGCUGUCACCACGUAUGAGAUGUACAGGGCAAUCAAGGAGAUCAAGAAACUCAAGAAAAGUAUCCCAAAAGAACAUCGUCAGCAGUUGCAGAUGGCCAACUUUCACAAGUGUUUCCAGAGGAAUGUCAACCAGUGGAUAGAUCUGGCCACAGAGAGAUGCAGAUCACGUAUCAAGCAAGCCAUUGAGCUAGACACAGUAGUCCAGGUAACGGAGGAUGUCCAGUUCUCAUCCUCGGCUGUUGAUGGAACCGAAUUCCUGUUACUCCUCAUGAAACUCAGCGAUGAGCUUGAGUGGCCAGCUAAGGCGGAGGCAUUUACGUUCAAGAUCUUCGUGGUGAAGAGUGUGUGUGAGUGUGCUCUAUUCUACGUGUCUGAGGUGUACAAUCGCCUCAGGCCAGAGGACAUGUUCAACCAACAAGGAAACUUCAGGGCAACUGAGAAGCUGAGCAUAGUGCUAAACAACAUGCAACACAUCAAGACAGUGAUAAUGAAGCAUUUGAUGGAGCACUCACUGGAACAGAGCGGCAAGAAACUAACAGAAGAGGAGCAAGAUAUUCAGACUCACUCCAAGGAGGUUAUGGGAACUAUCAUUCAAAGUGCUGGGGAAGACAUUAGUACGAAAUUAGCCAGCAUCAUCUGUCAAAUCAUUUUGAAGAUAAGCCCCGAUAUAACUGCACUUAUUGAGGCGAUUGUUGAGAGGAAGACGCCCACUACCAGUCUAGAGAUGAGCGUGAGGGUGACUGUGUCCUGCAUGUGUAUUGAGAUUGAUUGCUUGAUUAUAUCCAUGCAGGUGAUAGACCCCCUGAUGAGCUACCUGGCCAGCAACCUCCAUACACUAGGGAACCAUCUUCUCACUCCAGUCUUCCAACUAAUCCUGACAGACAUGUGGUGCAUGUCUAGCGACUGCUUACAGAGAGUGCUCAACUCUGAUGCAGCCAAAAAGAGUAGCGAUCGCAGUCAGUAUACUAUUCAAAGGUCAAAUUCAUCCUACAGAGCGUCAGAGAGCUCUUCCAUGCUGAUGGUAUUGGGCUCAACUUGGAGAGCUUGAACACUGAAAAGUAUAAGGUACUUCAAUAUCAGCUUGACGUUCUGGGCCUCCAAACAGACAAACUGAUUCUGAGAUUUUUCUCUGAUUUGGCCUAUAUUCAAACUGCUCUGAUCAACUCAGGAGAGGAUAAGUACGGAAAGGUUCUGCUCAGUGUGGGCUACCAUCAAGACAAGGAGGUUAUUGAGGUCAACCUCUUCCAGGCCAACAAGCUGCCAGGACUGGACACUUCAGGACUCAGUGACCCAGGCCAUUUGUUGAGUUGACCCUGAUGCCGCCCUGGCACUUUAGGCACAUGCACCCAGUCAAAGAAACUGAAGACCUCUGUCAAAAAGAAGACUGUAAAUCCAGUUUUCAAUGAGGAUUUCAUCAUGCCUGCCAGUAAAGUGUCUCUUCAAACUCAAGGAGCUGUCUUAUUACUGACUACCUUUGACUAUAUGACAAGCUCAGUUCCGACGAUUUGUGUGGAGUGUGUGUCGUACCGUGUGAAGACAUUCCCAUCCUCUCUCCAGUGCGUUCAGCCUUUGACAAUCCUAAUGCAGUGGAGAGAAAGAACUUUAUACUACCUCUCUUCAAGAUUCCAGAAAGUACAAUCACUCUGAAUGAGCUGUCUAUAUAUACUCGAGCUAAUUCAUCUGAUCUAAGAGCUGCUGACUUCCUCAAGGAGAAUAAACAAAUUCUGGCAGAUUUGGAUAUCGAUAAUCCCACACUCCAACAAAAGCUUAUGACAA